AUUAUAGCGAAGUUUUGUUCUCAGUCUAAAGAAAUCUAUAUUGCACUUGAAAUGAUAGAGGCUUUGAGGGAAAAAAAUACUGUCGGCGCAAACCACUGGGGGAAAACCCUAGUGAAAGAACAGAAGUACUACAACGCCCAGAAUGCAUUGCGUUAAUUUUGUUAGUAAAUUAAGAUAGCUACCCCUCAAAGUAACAGUAAAACGCUGUGUCUGCUAAAACUUUACCAUGAUUCCACAGAACCUGCUUAGACUGUCCUCUCUCUUCCAUUAUGCUGUUUCUGUACACCUGCGUAGAAACAUUGGUCUUACAGCCAUAGUGUUCAACAAGGCGAAGGAACUUGAUCCCAUCCAGAAAUUGUUCCUGGACAAAAUCAGGGAAUACAACACCAAAAGCAAGAACAUUAGUGGUCCUGUCGAUGCUGGUCAAGAGUACCAGAAGGAGAUGAACGAGGAUGUAGCCAAACUGCAGAGGCUGUAUGGUGGAGGUGAUCUGACCAAGUUUCCAGACUUCAGGUUUGAAGAGCCAAAAUUUGAUGAACCUACAAAGUAACCUUUUAAAUCCAUGGUACUUCAGGAAGGUCAAGUUUGUCAGCAUCUUGUGUUCAUGUUGAACUGUUAUGUUUAAUAAAAAAACAUUUUAAGUUUCA